AAAAUGAAGUUCGCUGUUGCCCUGUGCCUGCUAUUGGCCACCAGUGGCUUUGCCCUGGUUCCCAAACAUCCCGCCGACCUAGUCUCCAUGUUGGCUCACCAACAGUUCGCCGUUCGCACUUUAAUGGGCGCUCCCGAGGCACGGGACGAAUCGAACCUGGUCAAUGACUGCUUCAACCACUACAUGGAGGACCAGACCAACGUGAUCUUGAGCUACAACCUACAGUACACCGGAUGUCUGAGGACCGCACAAACUGGUCGGGAGGAGCUCACUAAGGAGAGCGCCUCGGAGCGCGAAGCCCUUCUGGAUCGCACCAACAAAAUGUGCUCCAGUCUGACCCAGUGCGAUACCUAUGUUGAUGGCCUGGAUUUCUUCGACUGCUAUCGCAAUGCCUCCUCCGACAGCUACAAGGUUAUGUUCACCCUGAACAGUGACUCCAGCCUGGACUUCAAUCGCAUCAGUGCCAAGUACCAAGUGAUCGAGACCGAUCUUACCGACUGUGUGGAUUCAGCUCGCGUGGAUUACGCCCACGACAUGGACGCGUGCGACGAGAAUCUGACGUUGUGCUUAAAGGGAGGCGAGACUUCACCCCAACCGACUGUUCCCACUACGACCUCUGGGGCUCCAUCGACUACUACGACUACUGAAGCUCCAGUGUCCACUACUCCUGUGGUUCCAUCGACUACUCCAGUGUCCACUACUCCUGUAGCUCCAUCGACUACUACAACUACUGAAGCUCCAGUGUCCACUACUCCUGUAGCUCCAUCGACUACUCCAGUGUCCACUACUCCUGUGGUUCCAUCGACUACUACGACAACUGAAGCUCCAGUGUCCACUACUCCUGUAGCUCCAUCGACUACUCCAGUGUCCACUACUCCUGUAGCUCCAUCGACUACUACGACUACUGAAGCUCCAGUGUCCACUACUCCUGUAGCUCCAUCGACUACUCCAGUGUCCACUACUCCUGUAGCUCCAUCGACUACUACGACAACUGAAGCUCCAGUGUCCACUACUCCUGUAGCUCCAUCGACUACUACGACUACUGAGGCUCCAGUGUCCACUACUCCUGUAGCUCCAUCGACUACUACGACUACUGAAGCUCCAGUUUCCACUACUCCUGUAGCUCCAUCGACUACUACGACUACUGAAGCUCCAGUGUCCAGUACUCCAGAGAGCACUACCGAAGCCGCUUCCACUUCCGAGCGUUCACCCGAGGAAGAUAUCAACAGAUCCGUGCGUCUCAUUCAGAGGAGACCUUGGAACCUGUUUAAGCGCUUCUUCUAAUCUUGAGGAAUUUUGUAUUAUUUAUUGCAUUCAAUGGGAAAAUUUCAGAAUCCUAAUAAAUUUUGCUGCCGAUAAAGCGUAGAAUACUUUUGGGUUCGAUUUUAAUUGUAAGCAGGGUAGUGCGCAGGAUUUCUGCAAAAGGGGCUCAUAAAAUAUCAACAAAAUGUUUUAUUAGUAGAUUAAAACUUUUAUUAAAUAUAUAGAAAAUGUAUGCCUACUUUUUGUUUUGAAUUCCGAAUAUAUACAAUCAAGUGGGUUAACUAGUGGAUUAACCCUCUUGAGUGCGACGCU